GAUGAACGACGAGCAAGUUCGGGCUUUCGAGAGCUUUAGUCCAGCUGAAAUUGAAGGCUAUCGAGCAGCUUUUGAUCUAUUCGAUAAGGAUGGAAACGGUCAAAUUACGUCGAAAGAACUGGGAUCUUUCAUGCAUAAAGUUGGUUUAGCUCCUUCGGAGCAAGAAUUGUCGGAAAUGAUUGACGAAAUUGACGCAGAUGGAAAUGGAAAUAUCGACUUUCCCGAAUUUAUAGCAUUAAUGGCGAGGAAAAUAGAUGACAACGAAAAUGAAGACAUUUUAAUUGACGCGUUUAGACUUUUCGAUCCUGAAGGUUACGGUUUUAUAACGACUGAAGAAUUACGCCACGUGUUGCUUAGCCUUGGAGAGAAAAUGACCGAUCAUGAAGUAGACGAAAUGCUAGCAGUAGCGGAAGCUGAUUCACAAGGCCAAGUUAGAUAUGAAGGUAAGAGAUUAAUAACCCUUCAAAACGACUCUAUUCACACUGUAGCUCGACAUUUAUAA